CGUAUUUGAUGUACAUGGACGUAUCCCAUCCUGCAGCCCAAGCUGCGAGUUCCGAACUCUAGUUCACUAUAAGUCGAAAGUCCAAUACUUACCUAGUCAAUUGUCUUAUUCACUGUUCUCUCCUGUAUUACUCCAUCCUCAAGGAGUCUCUGCCUCUCAGCAUCUCGGACUAGGGUUAGGGUUGUGCGUGAAGAUAUCUGCUAUCUUCGACGUCAAUUAAAGUUUCUCUUACUAUCGAUCAGCUCGAGGUCUAAUCCUGUCCCUUGGCCACGCGAUAAACUCAAACGCCCCUUGACAUCUUUCCUCUCGGAUCCGAAUUAGGGGUCGAGCACAGACGGCAGACCAUGGCAACUGCAUCUCGAGUGCCUGUGCUGCGGCACCUGACGACGACCAGCUGCUGCCAGCUUCGAGCCCUUCGAGCGUCGAACCAGCGGCGAUGGGCACAGGUCAGCGACGUGCGCUUCCUGACGACGACGCAGCCGCCCGAGCGCAUUGUGCUGGAGAAAUACCGCGAGAAGCUCGAUCGCAAGGCGCGCGAGGAAGGGCUCCCCGACAUUGACGCUCUGAAGAAGGCCUACGCCGACAAGAUCGAGGCGCUACGGAAGCAGGCCGCCGCCGCCACCGCCCCUGUUGGCCUCGACGGCCCCUCGAGCAUACUACACCCACCGCCACAACCACCAUUACCACAGAGCAGCACGCCGUCCUCCUCCUCUUCCUCCUCCCCCUCCUCCUCCUCCUCUUCCCAUUCCAAAUCCGGCAGCACCAGCUUCCGCCCCUCGACGAACUCGGGCUCGGGUGUCAAGCCGCUAGACGGCAUCCUCGACCUGCCCAAGGUGCGCACGCUGCCAAUCCCCGAGCUGACGGCCAUCUGGCGGCAGCGGCACGCGGGGCAGGCGAACUCGCUGUGCGCGGUGAUCCCGGCGGGAACGUACGCGGCCAUGGAGGCGACGGCGCGGCAGUUCCCGCAGUUCGUGGUGCCGGUGCCGCACCCGGGGCAGGGCGCCGAGAUGCACUUUCUACAGUGGACAUGGGACGCGUCGGUGCCGGGGACGCCGGGAACGGUGCUAUUCACGCAGCUGGCCGAAUACAAGGCGCGCGGCGAGUUCGCGGCGCCACACGCCACAGUCACGCACUACGCGGACCUGGCGGCCGACAAGGGCGUCGUGCUGAUGCAGGGCCACGUCGCCGAGGACCGCGGCGUCUCCGUCGAGAACGCCCAGUGGCUGGUCCUCUGCCUGCAGCGCUUUUAUGGCGGCUGGGACCCCGCCGCCGUCUCUAAUGGCGACGAGGACGCCGUCGCCCUGGCCAGGGAGCGCGCCGCCGAGCGCAGGAACUUGCUGGAGUGGUUCUCCAAGGGGGACAGCCGGUUCAGCGUGGAAAAGCUACUCGAGGAGGCAGAGCGGGUGGGUUGAGACGUGUUGACGUCAACAUUUGAUGUUUGGAAACAGGUCUUGACAGUCUGUAUGUGUACAUGUGUAAAGAUAGAUGCUUGUAUAGAGAACCUAUGAAGGCUAUGUGCAAUACCAGAUAUUGCGUAAGAGAGUACUAGGGCGCAUUCGAGGCGUUCAUAGAGGGAGCCAGUCUAGACGGGGCAACGAAGGGAUCGUCCACACUCAGUACAUUAAUCCUAGAAACCCAAAUGAAGCAUUACGAUUUCUUCUCAUCCUGAGUGGAUUUUAUUUGGCGUUCUAGCAUUCUCUAAUUAGAUAUUCACGAACCAACUUAUACGCUUUACCAAGUACAUUUCAU